UCAAAGCUGCAAUAGUUUUAAAUAAAAAUGUUUUUGUUUUUUUAAAGAAAAGACAGCAUUUUUGUUAAGAAAAUACAGCAUUUCAAUAUGGAAGUAAUAGAGAAUCAAUUUUCUGAUGCUGAAGAGAAUAUCUCUCAAACAACAAAACAAACUUUUUCAUUGGCUAAAGACAUUAAGUCUCUGUCAGUUCAUUAUGAUAACAAUAUACAAGGUUAUGGAUCAAAUGAUGAUUAUGAUGAUGAUGAUGACGAUGAUGAUGACGAUGAAUAUUAUUCAUAUAGAAGAGAUCACACUGUAAAUAAGGAAAAUGUAAUUAACAAAACAAAAUCAACUCUUCAACCUCAGGAAAAGCAGUUUGGUAAAUUUGUAAACAAAAUAUCUGUAGAGAAGUAUGAAGGUCCGUCUUCUUUACACGGUCGUGCUGCUAAUCAUUUGCAUGAGACAGCAAAAAAGCAGCAUGCACAAACUGUGCGAGUCAAAGAUAGAAAAGACCGAGCCACUGUUGAACAAGUGCUGGAUCCAAGAACAAAAAUGAUUUUAUUUAAGCUUUUAAAUAAGGGUGUUAUCAGUGAAAUUAAUGGUUGCAUAAGCACAGGCAAAGAAGCAAAUGUAUACCAUGCUUCUACUCCUUCAGGAAUAAACCGAGCUGUAAAGAUUUAUAAGACCUCCAUUUUAAUUUUUAAAGAUCGAGAUAAGUAUGUCAGUGGAGAGUUUAGAUUCAGACAUGGAUACUGUAAAGGAAAUCCUCGGAAAAUGGUAAGAACAUGGGCUGAGAAGGAGAUGCGAAAUUUAACUCGUCUUUGCGGUGCAGGUAUUCCAUGUCCGGAACCAAUAAUAUUACGCAGCCAUGUACUGGUGAUGGACUUUAUAGGACAUGAUGGGUUUCCUGCUCCCCUUCUAAAAGAUGCAAACAUUUCAGAAUCAAAAGCACGCGAGCUUUAUUUAAGAUGUGUACGAAUCAUGCGUGACAUGUAUUGGAAAGCGAGAUUGGUUCAUGCUGACUUUUCUGAAUUUAAUAUUUUAUAUAACGCUCCGGAAAAUCUUAUGUACGUUAUUGAUGUUUCGCAAUCAGUAGAGCAUGACCAUCCUUCGUCUUUGUUAUUUUUAAGAAAAGACUGUACUAAUAUAAAUGAGUUUUUUCGAAAACACGGCGUUAACGUAAUGACAGUAAAAGAACUGUUUGAUUUUGUCACGGAUCCUCUUAUUAAUGAAGACAAUAUUGAACAAUAUCUUGAAACAUUGCAAGAGGUUUCGAGCAAGCGUUCAAUUGAAGAUGUAGUACAUAAUGUUGUUGAAGAAGAAGUGUUUAAAAAUGCUUAUAUACCACAACGUUUAGACGAGGUCAUUGAUUAUGAACGGGAUACCAGGGCGGCAAAGCAAGGUUCAGAUCAGUUUUACUACGCGAAUCUUACAGGGUUAAAUAAAGAACUUAGUGGGGCGAAAUCUCAACCUGAUUUAAUUGAGAAUUCUUCGACAAAUAAUGUCCACCCGUCCAAUUUAGUUGAAACUUCCAGUGACAGCGAAAGUGACAGCAAUAGCGAAAGUUCUGAAGAGGAAUCAUUUAACAAAAAUCCCGAAGAUGCAAUUGAAAAUGCCAAGAACAGAAAAAUAAUGCGUAAAGAAAAUAAGAAACUAGUCAAAGAUCAAAAUAGAGAAAAAAGAAAAGAUAAAGUACCAAAGCAUGUUAAAAAAAGAUGCGAAAGACUCGGUAAAGUCAAAUAAAAUGUCUUCCUUUUUAUAACAACUUUCUAUACUAAAAAUAUUGAAGUUACCAUUAGAAUUAAUAAAUAAUACGCAGUUUUGUCGAAGUGUUAUGUUUUAAAUUUGUUUUACUGCUUAGUGUUUUAGACCAAGGACAUAAAUUAGAUACUUUGUUAUGAAGCUAAGAGAUCAUUUUAUCAUAUCUAGGAUUGCCAGAUGUCCGGCUUUUACGAAGAAGAACACAGUAAAAUAAUUUAUUUUUUACCGGUUGGGCGCUAUAUUCUCCUCCGUAAAUAUCCGUAAGAUAAUUUAAUCAUCUCUAAAUUUGCCUUAUUUAGCGUUUUAGCAAUAAUAAAAAGAACAAUAAGUAAAGAUUGCAUUUCACUAGGGAAUAUUUUUAAUUUUUUAAAAUAAAUGUCAAAAUCAUGUUUUAAA